CACCACAACACCACCACCACCACCACCACCACCGCCACUACCAUCACAAUUGUUACAACCACCACCACCACCACCAUCACCAUCAUCACUAGCGAAAAGUGGAUGGUAAGAGCUGAAUGGUGCAGGGGAUACUUGCAAGCAGUCUGGAGCAGAACUGAAACUGAUGCAGUUCGUGCAAAACUGUUGCACACAUCUGAUGCAGAUAGUGACCAGUUGUUGCAGAAGAGAGGUUUUGCAGCUACAGCUGUGGUCAAGCAACAAGAGGUUCACUGCUUAAUAGUGCCCGCUUCACCCUUAAUGUACUGGUUGGCGCAACAGUAAACCUUUUGCAAAAAUGCUCAGAACAUUUCCACCUGAUGUCAUAAAACAACAAUUUUAAAAAUAACGAACAAAACUAUAAAUACACACAUAUAUAAUAUAUAAUGGCAGGAAGACUCUAAAGAACUAAUAUAUAAAUAAAAAUACCUUUAUAUGUAUAUAUAUGUAUAUAUAUAUAUAUAUGCAUCUAAUUUUUUAAAUUUGAAUUCUCUCACUGUAAAAUAUAUCCACUGGAUUUUACAAUCUCAGUCAUCAACAUAUCACUGGACUCCAAUAUAUUAUGCUAAAGCAAUCAUUUUACCUCCAGAUGAAGUGAUUUAUUCAUCACAUUUAAAUUAAUUGUGUGGUUUUUGCAUAUCAAUUAAGUAAUCAUAUCAAUGAUGCUGUAAAACAGUGUUGAAACAGCUGUAGAAUUCAGAAUCAGAUUAUGAAACAUUUGUGAAAUCUUUACUAUGUUACUCUUCUAAAUAUAUACAUAAUACACACACACAUAUGUGCAUAUAUAUAUAAUUUAUAUAUGUAUAUAUUAAUUAUAUACACACACCGAUAUAUAAGCACAUGCGUACAUAUGUAGACAUGCAUACACAGUGGAAGCUGUGUAGUGUUAUCACUUUAGGAUGGAGCCUUUAAGAUAACACUAACCAGUUGAUAAUAUUAAGCAGAAGUUACAAUAAUAUAUUGAAUGUAUUUGGGACCAACUGAUUUUGAUAACAAUAACCAUCUGAUAACAUUAUCUGUGAUUAUAAACCAGCAAUUCCACAAAACCCAACGAUGACCACCCACACUGGUGUGACCCCUUCUUCUCCGGGUCCGAGGAAGAGCUUCAUUGGAGACAAGGAAGGGUACGCAGAAGAUGAAAUUGAACAGCAGAAACUGCAGAUGAAGAGCACAACGAGGGCUUCAUCCGGGCCCUGUUUUUUGUUCUGUCACAGGGUCGGCCAGUCUCUCAAUGCUGUCUUCGGCAGGGCUGAGAACCCUUUGCCAGAAAACCCAACCCGAUGCCAACGUUUCAAGAAUGCCCUAAUGUGCCCACCACAAGGUCUUCUCGGAUUAUAUAUUACAAGUGUACUGAUGUUUGCCCUUCUGUUUGUAGCUCUAGUGUCAAUAUUGGGCAGUGCAGCCCUUCCUGGGUCCAACAUAUUUGCUCUGUGGGUAGUUUUUACUGCCUGCAUUACAGGUGGAUACAUUAUACAGUUCCUUAAGUUACCCCCUUUACUUGGUAUGCUCAUUGUCGGCAUCAUGUUGAGGAAUGUUCCGUACAUUAACGUAGCGAAAGACGUCGAAUCCUUUUGGGCUGCUACAGUCAGGAACACUGCCCUCACUGUAAUCCUAAUCCGGGCUGGAUUAGGGCUCAACCCAGUUGCCCUGCGGAAGUUGUCCUUUGCAGUGAUCAGGCUGGCCUUUUGUCCGUGCCUGGCUGAAGCCCUUGUAGCAACCGUUGCAUCCCACUUCUUUCUUGGUCAACCCUGGAUAUGGGGUCUCAUGCUUGGUUUUGUCAUCGCUGCAGUCUCCCCAGCUGUUGUGGUCCCCUGCUUGCUUCAUCUUAAAGACAAUGGUUAUGGAAUCGACAAAGGGAUUCCCACCUUGGUGAUUGCUGCCGCAAGCAUUGAUGAUGUCUUGGCCAUUACCGGGUUCGGUGUGGUACUAGGCAUCGCUUUUUCAGAAGGAAAUAUUGUCUGGUCUAUCUUUAAGGGGCCACUUGAAGCCCUAUUAGGGAUUGUCUUGGGGGCAUUAUUUGGUGUUUUGCUCUGGUAUAUUCCCCCUAGGAAACAGAACAAUUCCAUUUUCCUGCGAGGGUUCUUACUCUAUGCCAUCGGUCUAGCUGGGGUUUUGGGUUCCCCGAGAUUUGAGAUGCCAGGCACUGGACCGUUGCUGUGUUUAACCGUGGCAUUUGUAGCCGCAUUUGGAUGGAGGAAAAAAAAGGAACUGAAGGUUCUGGACUUCAUCUCCAACUCUACUGCAGUUCUUUGGUUAAUAUUCCAACCACUUCUCUUUGGUUUAAUCGGCGCCGAAGUCGAAAUGGACGAACUCAAUAUGAAAACAAUUGGCUACGGGAUUGCCACGCUUUGCGUUGGAUUACUUUUCCGUACGUUGGUCGCCUACUUAGCCGUUUGUGGUACGGACCUCCUCAGGAAGGAGAAGCUGUUUGUAGCAUUGGCAUGGUUACCGAAGGCUACAGUACAGGCUGCCAUUGGGUCCGUUGCUCUGUCAACUGCACGAGAGAAGAAACAUCCAGAACUGGAGGCAUACGGACUAACAAUCCUAGAAGUGGCAGUUCUUGUCAUUCUAAUAACAGCACCGAUAGGGUCAGCUCUGGUGAUGUUAACAGGCCCUCGACUACUGAAGAAAACUGACCCCUCCACCAUGUCAUCAGAAAACUUGAAAGCCAUCAAGUCUGAAGCGAAUGAUGAGAUGCUGGAGCGGAACGCGACUUUGCAGGAAUCAACAAAGAUGUAGCAUAUAAAGAAGAAGAAAACAACAUAACCAAGUCCCAGGAGGGGGAGAAAAUUGGUAGAAUCAACAGGCGAAAUUCUUACGCAUUUAAAAUGCCAACCUACCGGUGUUUGUAUUUCAAUUUGGUGACACUUUUAUCAAAACCUUGUUAGCCAUUCAGAUUUCUCUAUCAAACUGGGACUCCAGUUUGGCCAUAGACUGGCAUCUUCUCUUUAAAUCACACCCUUGUUUUUUCCCCUAUUUGACACCGCUAGAAAAAAAUCCCAUUUUCCGUUGUGGUGUCGUAUGAAAUUCUAGGAGGGGCUGAAAAGUUUCUGGUUUGGGGCGAAAGAAAACACAUGAGGAUCAGUGAAUUAUGGUUUUAUUCAACAUUCUCCCCUCUCGGCCCUACAUCGGUCCUCAUCCUUUAUUGCAGCAGCCCUUCAUCUUUUCUCAUCCCUGUCAAAAGAACUUGGAAGGUUGGGUCCCUAACCAGGCCUUUCAUGACACCCUUAAAACCAGAAACUUCUGAGCAUCCCCUUAUAAUGAUGUAUUGCUUUGUGACACCUCGGGCAAGUAUCUUCUAUAGCCCUUGGCUGACCAAAACCUUGUGAGUAGAUUUGGUAAACAGAAACUAGUUCUCUGAUACAAAUCUCCUGUGUUAAUCCUUUCAUAUUCAGAUUAAUCUGUCAAAUGUAAUGCUUAUUUAUUCACAUCAUUUUGGAUUAAUCCUGCAUUAUCUCAUAGCUUUCAGAUUUCAAUGACAUGAUUGUAUUACUUUAGAAUAAC